AAUCUCACCACCACCCGCAAGACGCAGAGUCCCCCGCGCGCUGCCGAGCAGCUUCCGGAGCGGGCGCGCGCCGGCUACGCUUCUCCCGGUCGGACGAGCGCCGCGCAUGCGCUGGGACUGGGCCGGGUCGGAGGCGCGCCCUGAGAGCUGGAUGUCGGGUCUGCGGGCGCUGCUGGGGUUUGGGCUGCUGGUUGCCGGUUCGCGCCUGCCCCGAAUCAGAAGUCAGGUCGGCACUUGCCGCGCCGGACCCACCUGGUGGGGAACCGAGCGGCUGAGCUCUGGUGGGCGCCCAUACUCAGAGGUCAUGGCGAGCACAGCAGUGAAAUACCUGAGCCAGGAGGAGGCCCAGGCCGUGGACGAGGAGUUGUUUAACGAGUACCAGUUCAGCGUGGACCAACUUAUGGAGCUGGCUGGGCUGAGCUGCGCUACAGCCAUUGCCAAGGCAUAUCCCCCCACGUCCAUGGCCAGGAGCACCCCUACUGUCCUGGUCAUCUGUGGCCCCGGGAAUAACGGAGGAGAUGGUUUGGUCUGCGCUAGACAUCUCAAACUCUUCGGCUACCAGCCAACCAUCUAUUACCCCAAAAGGCCCAACAAACCACUUUUCACUGCGCUGGUGACUCAGUGUCAGAAAAUGGACAUCCCUUUCCUUGGUGAAAUGCCCCCAGAGCCCAUGAUGAUUGAUGAGCUGUAUGAUUUGGUGGUGGAUGCCAUCUUUGGCUUCAGCUUCAAGGGUGAUGUUCGGGAGCCAUUCCGCAGCAUCCUGAGUGUUCUGAGUGGACUCACUGUGCCAAUUGCCAGCAUCGACAUUCCCUCAGGAUGGGAUGUGGAGAAGGGAAAUUCUGGAGGUAUCCAGCCAGACUUGCUCAUCUCUCUGACAGCACCUAAAAAGUCUGCUACCCAGUUCACUGGUCGCUACCAUUACUUGGGAGGUCGUUUUGUACCACCUGCUCUGGAAAAGAAGUAUCAGCUGAACCUGCCAUCCUACCCUGACACUGACUGCAUCUACCGUCUGCAGUAAGGGAGGUGGGUGGGCAUUCUCCCCAGUAAAGACUCCGUGCCUCUCUCAGAACUGUCAUCCUGGGAGCUAUUCUGAACAUAAAGAUUAAUGGGUGGUGGGAGGCAGACAGCAACAUUGAGGUGGUAUUGCCUCUCUCGGUGAAUAGAACCGACAAGAGAGGUCACUGUGGCAUUUGGAAACAAUGAAAAUUAAGUAUUUGAUGUCAA